AUGAAGUUGUCCCGGAAUUUGACAUUUAGCCUACUCAUCCUCAUCGGAGUUAUCACCGUUGGCUUGGAAGCUCGUCGCUUGGUCCUGCGACCUCUGACGCCGAGGGAACUACGUAAUGCUCUGGAAGAAUCUGGAAUUGGUUCCGAAUCUGCAGCUGGAAAGUCCGUGUCAUCGGCUUUCGCAGGACUAACUGGCUUCGCCUUGGGCAUUACCAAGGGCAUCGGCGGCUCAAUCCUGUUCGAUGUGGUCACCUCGAAUGUCACCAUUGAUUAUAUUACGAGUCUGCUAAACUCCACUGCCAAUUCCACCACUAGUAGUGGAACCGCCCAGGAGAUCUGCUUCAAUAGUCGCAGUGUGGACGGGGAUGUCAUUAAUGGCAGGAGCGACGAUGAUAUAAACGAAGAUAUAAAUGUAGACGAUAGCGUAUAUCCUUCGGGAGAGUGGAGACAAACUGGUACUACUUCUGUUCCUAGCGGAACUGGUACUGGGACUACUACUACUAGCCCCAGUAGUGGAGUCACCUGCAUUGUCCUGGGAUCGAAGGGAUAUCGUCGCAGGCGCCUUCUGGAGAUCAGACCAGGAACACUGCCAAUUCGAUCCUCAAAUCGUUUGAGAAAGUAUCGCAGGAAUAGGUUUUAA